AUGACUGAAACAGCGCAUACUUCCGAUUCAGAAAUGGAUGAUCCAAAUAAAAUUACAGAUGCUGCAUCAUGUCUGGAUUAUUUAAAGCGUAGAGAAGUAUUCCUUUAUAAAAUGAUGAAUGAUCCUAGUCAUAAAGCAAUGUUAUACUUUCUUGAAGUAUUAAUGAAUUCUGAUAGUCCUAUAACAGUUGAUCAAUUAGCAGCACGUUUUUCACAUAAAUCCUUUAGUAUAGAAAUGCGUGAAGCAUGUGGUGGAGGAAGUGCUGAUGGUUUACGUGAAUUUCUUCUACGUUAUCCAUCUUUAUUUAAUGUGAAACCAAAUGGACAAGUUACAUCAGUUGCUAUUGAACUACCUGGAUUGGAUUCAAAUUUUGAUAGUUUAUCUGAUCAAGAAAGUUGUUCCAUGAAAGAGAAUUGUCAAAAAUCAAUCAAUGAUAAUCUAUCAGAUAAUUCAACUUCAUUUCGAAAUCAUCCUGCCAACACUUCAGCUUAUUCUUCAAAGACAUGCCCAGUAACAAGUCUACAGAAAGAUUAUUCAUACAAUAAUAAUAAUAAUAAUCGUUUCCAGACUAACAGUGCUAGUUGUUUGUCGUUAACAUCUUCUCAAUCGGUCACUUCAUUGAAUGGAUCAUUGAAUUGUGCUCAGAGUUCAAUUGAUCAUAUAUUUGGACGUAAAAAGCCUUCAAGUAAUUUCAUCAAUAAUAACAAUGUAACAACUAACAAUACAACUAAUGAUAACAACAAUAACCCAACUGUACGUGGUUUAUCAUCGACAAAUCCUUCAACAGUGAGAACAAAAUCUUCGAAUAUAUAUCAACCACCACAACUACGCAACUUAGAGCAUACAUCACAGAUGGUUGUGACACCAACUUGUGAAUUAUGCUCUUCAAACACUACUAACCAUCGUAAUAAUAACAGUAAUAAUAAUUCUAUGCCAGUUAAUCAUCAUGAAAUAUCUACUAUGCCAAGUGGAACAUGUGUACAUUGUCCAUUGUUAGAACUGACAUGUCAUCAUACACAUCAUUGUACCACUGCACAUCAUCAUACUUCAACUCAUUGUCAUUGUACAUCAACUCCUUUGGUUCCACCGACUACACCAUCUUUUCAUCAUUAUCAUCAUCCUGUUCAUCAUAUACCAGCACAAACCACCUUAAGAUCACCACCGAUCUUGUUGCCUAAUUGUUAUACUCUACCACCAAUGGAGAAAUUAUUACUGGAGAAACGUUGGGUACCGAUAAAAAGUUUAGCUGGUCAUUUAUCACAAGCAACUCCAGAGGUACGAGCUAUAGUCGGUCCUCAAUUAGAAUUUCGACGCUUUCUACUCAAGCAUCCACAUGUUUUUGAAGUACAAGGUGACUUAGUUAGUGUAAAGGAUCCAUUCAGUGGAGGGUUUGCUUUGAAACGAUCACGUGAUCGUCUAUCAGCUGUUCACGCAAGUCAUUCGUCAACAAAUAUAUCGAAUACAACACAAGGUUAUCUACCACGUAAUAUUUCUUAUGAGAGAAAUCCUCGGCCAAAGUCACUAAUAUUGCCAAAUAUGAUGAAUUUUGGACAUUUAUCGAAUUUCUCUGAUCUUAGCAGUUAUUAUACCCCAUCAUCAAUACAACGUUCAAGUAAUACCAGUAAUUAUCAUCGUCGAUCAGCACAUUUUAUUAUUGAUAGUUCUGUAAAUAAUCCACCGAUUAAAUCAAUAAUUCAAUCAGAAAGUUUCAAUUCAGCGCCAACAACACCUACUAGUUCAAAUCCAAUAUUAUGUAAUGCUAAUCGUGGUAAUCAGACAGAGAAAUCAAUAGUUGAAAAAUUGACUAAUAAUACCAAUAAUCAUAAUCAUCAUAAUGGUGUCAGUUCAUCAACAAUAACUACUGAAUAUGAUACAUCUAUAUUGACAAAUUCUUUACCAAGUAUUACAUCGAAUACUACAGUGAAUAGUUUAAGUUUAACUAUGUCGGCAAAUGAAUAUCGUGCAAUUAUGUUUUUACGUAAAGUAUUAGAUAAACAAGGUGGUGCUAUUGGUCAAACUGGUUUAAGUCUUCAUGAUUUAAUGCAAUUUUUGUCAAAUAAAGCACCUGAAACAGUACAAACAACUAUUGGUUGGACAAAAAUUGAAUUAGAAGAAUUUUUAUGUGAACAUAAAUUAUUUUUUGAAUUGAAAUCAAUUGAUCCCGAUUCAAGUUUACAUCAUUCAUCUAGUCAUAAUAAUAAUAAUAACAAUAAUAAUAAUAAUAUUGAUGAUGUCCAAAAUGAAGUGAAACAGAAUCAAUUAAUGAAUAAAUCGAAAUUAGAAGAGAAUAUCACUGUUUGUAAUCGACGUUUAAAUCGUAUGAUUAAUAUUAUUAUUACUGCAUCAAGAUUAAAUGAUUUGAAUAGUGUUAGAACAUUGACAAAUCGUUGUGGAAGAAUAUUUCAUGUAGCAAAAUUAUGGGGAAUUAUUGAUUUAGGUAAACAUGAACAUGUCUUCUUUGAUAAAUCAAUAUUUCGUCAUGUAGAUGAUUUACAAAAACACUUCAAAGUGGAUGAACUUUUAUACUUCAAUGCGGUUCUUGCACCGAAAGAAUCACGUGCCAAAUGGCGUGCCACUCAUGUAUGGAAAGAAUGUGAUCGUGAAAAUGUGGAAAAGUUUGGAGCACUAUCUAGGAUGAAUACAAUGCAUAUGAAAAAGGUGAAUAUAUCUAAUGGACAUCGGAAUACUUUGCAUAGUACACAUAGUUCAUAUGAACUGGAUACUGAAAGACGUAAUGGUGUUUAUCAGAAUUAUAAAAAUACAAAGUUUAGAUCACGUGAUAUUGGUAUUAGUACUAUGAAUGAUACUGGGAAUAUCGGUGAAAAUAAUAGCAAUAUUGCUGAUGGUGAUGAUACAGAGGUGGAAGAGGAGAUUGAAGACUAUGUUGUGGAGAAUAGUACAUGUAAAGACAAAGAAUUGUCUAGAUCACAUCAAAAUCAUCAUUUAGAUAAUGACUCUGACUCAGAGUAUGGUUUAGACGGAGAUGAAGAGGUUGAUGAAACCGAAGAACCACUUAUUUCACCGAUAGCUCAUGAAGAAGGCUUACAUUUACCAAUUGAUAUCAAGUUCAUAGCUGAUGAAGUCGAAGAAGAAAUGGAACGUGUAAUUAAUAUUCAUUUAAAAUCAAGCAAUAAUAAAGAUGAGACAAGAAAUCUACCGAAUUCUAAAUCUUCAUGCUUUGAAGUAUGUGAUUCAAGUCAUUCAGCAGAACUUAGUCAUCAGACACAUUCAGAACCAUGUCGUAUAAAGAAUAAUAACAGUAAGACUAGCAAUACCCAUGAACGACACUAUAGUCUGGUUACUUCAUCCACUGGUCAAACAGAAUUGAUACGACACAGAACAAAUCUUUCAUCAAAAGAUGACAGUGGGACAUCAAGUUCAUUAUCUGAAAUGAAUGCUGUAUCUAUUGCUGUUCAAACAGUGUCUACAGGUGAUAUAAUGGCAACUCAACUUUAUCAUGAUAAUAAACAAUAAAUUCAAACAAAAUUCCCGCCAAAAUUUGAAUUUAUAAACAUUUAUCUUUUUACCCCAUUCAAACAAACACUAAUCAUUACAAUAUAUAGAAAACGGUAUAAAAAAAAACAAACGAACACUUUUAUCUUCAUUUAAUCGUCAGCAGAAAACAGUAAUGAAGUUAAUUAUUAGUAAGGAUAGUUUCUUCAAGAGAGAAACUAUUAGAAAAUCCAAUUUAUCCUACUUCC